AUGGAUGCGUCAGCUACUCGUCAGCUGGGUCGUUUCAGCUACACGUCAGCUGAGUCGUGUCAGCUACACGUCAGCUGGGUUGUGUCAGCUGCUUGUCUGAGUUAUGAGUUGCGGCAGCCUCAGGGCAUCGCGGGGAAAAUAGCAUUGUUGUAUCAAACCCUGAUCAAACCCUUCCGACCUGAUGUACCAGAAACACUAAACACACAGUCCCACCAGAACCGAACAAAGACCCUCUCACACCCCUUCUCCAGAGACAAGCUACACCUGUUUGAAAUCAAGUCACAGGACAUUCUAUUUGACUACGCCGUACGCAGCAGAAUAGUCAAGGAGAUAUUGACACGCACCGCCUGUACACAGACUUGCCAAGCCACUGGUAUCUCAUCGUUAUUAGCCACUGGUGUCUAUAACUCUGCCUUUCCUCCACACGAUGGGUCAUUCACCAGGAAAGGAGGGCGGGAUCAGAGGAACGACAGACAGCUCCUAUAUGAGGAGUGGGCCAACUAUGGAGUGAUGUUCAAAUACCAGCCAUUGGACCUAAUCAGGAAGUAUUUUGGGGAGGCGAUUGGUCUGUACUUUGCCUGGAUGGGAGUUUACACCCGGAUGUUGGUCCCGCCCUCUCUACUGGGCCUUAUCGUGUUCCUCUAUGGUGUCCUCACUGUCAACACUAAUGUGCCCAGCCAGGAGAUGUGUAAUGACAGUCUGAACUUCACGAUGUGUCCACUGUGUGAUGCGGUGUGUGACUACUGGAAGCUGAGUUCAGUCUGUUCAUUGACUCGAGCCUCUUACCUGUUUGACAACGGAGCUACCACCCUCUUCGCCAUCUUCAUGUCCCUCUGGG